CGAUCAAGUCCACCCUCAGCACUUGAGGCGCAGCUGGACGCCUCCUUCUCCGCUUCUUCCACACCCACGGCGGGUCUGGUUGGACUCCUGUCCAAUGCGGCUAGCGGUGACACGUGGAUCGACGAUUACCGUUCCGUGAAUGCAAAGGUCAUGAAUGCGGUGAAGGUCCAUGACGGGUUCAAAUUCACGGGGUUUGGGUCCGGUGGGAUAUGGCCUGUGAACAAUCGGGAGAGCAAUGGGCCGCACACUUUUGUAAAUUACAAUUUUGCUCUUGUGGCGACGGUGACCGUCCACAAAGUUCCGAAGAUCAGCACCACUUUGCUGGGCGCGGUGCUGGCCGAACCCAUCAGCACGCUCUUCAUUGGGCUGUCGUACGGCACGGACGGUACGUGGGAGACAGUGUUCAACGGCGAGACAACGAAAUCAGGCAGCACGUGGGAGCCGGGGAAAGAAUACCAGGUGGCGCUGAUGCUGCAGGACGGCAACAAGGGUUCCGUGUACGUGGAUGGUGUGAUUGUGGGGAACUUGGCGACGUUACCGACACCUGAGGUGCGGGAGGCUGAAAUUGCGGACUUCUACUUUGUGGGCGGCGAAGACGAGAAAGAUAAAAAGAGCAGCAGCGUGACGGUGAAGAACGUCUUCUUGUACAACCGCCCACUGAGUGUUGAUGAACUAAAAAUGGUCAAGAAAAGUGACGGCUCCAUGCAUGGGGGCGUGUCGCGGGCGCUGCUGCUGGUGAUGCUGCUGGGGAUGUGGGGCAUUGCGGCCCUUUACUGA